CGCUCUCAACGCCAACCAUAGCCCUCACUGACGCAAGUCCGUCACGAACCCGAAUGCGAACGUUGCCGCGAUCGCCGCUGCUCUUCGGGAGAGUGAGCGUUCAAACGCCCUACCCAUCAACAGCGGCCGCCGAAUGUCAAAGAGCGCUGCUGCUCGUGCUGCCAUCGCUGGUAGCCUUCCCUCCCCGCCUGCUAGCCUCCCGAACCACAAGUCGAUACCCGAGACGAAGCAAGAACUCAAUGGUAGCGCCAUUGAUGAUGAGAUGAACGACGGCUCGGCCGACGAGGGAACUGCCAAGUUCCAAAAGGCUCGUCAACGCCGUGCAAGCGACGGCCAGACUCUCAAGGAGGGCAAGAAGAGCAAUAGGGUUGAGGUUCGCUGUGACAAGUGCGGUAAAGGCUACAAGCAUAGCAGCUGCUUGACUAAGCACUUGUGGGAACACACACCUGAGUGGGCAUUGACUUCCAAGUUGCUCAUUUCAAAGCAUCAACAAGUCCAACUACUUGAAGCUGCUUCGGUUCUUGUAACCAUGAACGGUAUCGAAGGCAACGCUUCCACUCCUCCCGAGUCUACCAAGGACUUCCAGAGUGAGGCCGGGUCAUCAUCACCUGCUGCCUCUAGAUACUCUGACCCUGAGGAGCGACAGAGCUCUGCCGACACUACACCACCUCCGCUUACUGAAGGUGUCAGCGUCAACGGCACCUCUUAUCGCAACAAGCGCUACAGCAGCAACGGGUACGCGAGGAGCUACCAGUCGGCUGCUUCUUUUGGAGCUGGUAGUGUGCCGUACGGCUCAGGCUUUGGCCAUUACCGUCAACCGAGCAAUGAUCACCGUCCAAGCUCUUCUGGUCGAAAUGCCACAGGAGAGGCCGAUCGAGAUCUGGCCGCUGCGGUUGAACUACUGAGCUGCAGCUUUGGCAGCAACAACGGAUCCCGCCCUGCCAUGACUCCUGCGGAUGCGCCUCCUGUCCCCCCGCUGCCAGCUCAGUACCUGGAUCAAGCAACUUCGCUAUCAACAGCGAGCUUCAUCAACAGCUUUCCACGUCGACAGCCUGAAAGUUUUACUCGUGGAGACAUGAGACGUCCCAGCGUAGACGUCCGAAUGUAUGGUAGCGGCGAUUCGGUUAUGGACGAUGACGAUUUCGAGAUGCGUUCGCGCGGCCGUAGCGAAGAUGAUGACGAUGGUGUUUUUGGUCGCAUGGAGGAAUGAUUUUGAAUGCAUCAUUAAUGGGUAACGAUUGGGACGGAGUAUAUCUCUUGGGUCGGGCAUGCAGGCUCUGGAGUUGGAUUUAUCGGAUGACGUUGAUGGAUAAGCGCGUUAUCUCUUCUUUUUUUUAUAUCUUCUGUAUCACAUACAGCGUGUUAUCACGAGGUGGACCAGAUCUCCGCUGUCGAUUCCCAGCACCGAAGAGUGGAGGGCCCGUCUGGUGUGGAACUAGAUGAGAUUGCAUCGCCACGAGGUUAAAGUGAGGAUUCGGACAGGCGUCGAGUUGGACGCCCAAAUAAAUACCUACCAAAUGGAAAUCAAAUAUUGAAA